AGGACGAUGGGCGACCGCUGGCCUUUAUUUCAGCUUCGUUCAGUGAACUGAGUGUAAGUAGAAAAUGAGUGGACGAGGAAAGACCGGCGGUAAAGCUCGGGCCAAGGCCAAGACUCGCUCAUCCCGCGCCGGGCUGCAGUUCCCCGUGGGCCGUGUGCACAGGCUUCUGCGCAAAGGUAACUAUGCCGAGCGCGUCGGUGCCGGUGCCCCCGUCUAUUUGGCCGCAGUGCUGGAGUAUCUGACCGCUGAGAUCCUGGAGUUGGCUGGCAACGCCGCUCGCGACAACAAGAAGACCCGUAUCAUCCCUCGCCAUUUGCAGCUGGCCGUUCGUAACGACGAGGAGCUCAACAAACUGCUCGGAGGAGUGACCAUCGCUCAGGGUGGCGUGCUGCCCAAUAUCCAGGCUGUACUGCUGCCCAAGAAGACCGAGAAAGCGGUCAAGACCAAGUAAACUUGGCGUUCUCCUAAACUGUAAAUAACCAAAGGCUCUUUUAAGAGCCGCCCACCUUCACAACAAAAGUGCAGCGUUUCCGAGUUCCUGAAUGGAAAUAAUGAAAUAAAAGGCUCGUGGGCAUCAACUCGCCUCACGACUGCUCACUGAAUAUAGUUUAGAAGCUGCUCGAGCUCGAGGAAUAAACGCACAUGAGCAUCUGUUAAAACCAGGCGAGUCUGCUGGGUUUUUAAUCAGUGCUGCAGGUUCUAAUGUAAAUAA